AUGCAGACGUCGACCAGGGAUCUGGACCUCGAGUUUGAAGGAUAUCUGUCGUUCCUCGAGCAGCAAGACCUGGAAGACCAGGAAGACGAAAGCUACUAUCAGUAUGGGUCCUGGCUUAUGCCUCUGGAGCAGCUCGACCAGCAACUUCAACUCAACCAGUCACAAGAGGACGCGAGAGAUGGGCAGACCGCGUCUUUCAAGCAACCUACAACUCAGACAGAGCCACAACUCAACCGACAGGCUCCGAACAAUGUCCCCAGCACUGAUACAACCGUGAGACAGUCUCCAGCUCAACAAAAGCUGUCGCAGGUCGAUGGCGGUGACCGGAGAGCCGGCUCAACCGCGAGACAACUCUCUGCUCAACAACACCCGCAGUUAGACAGAGCGCAGUGGUCUCAGUUGACGCAGCGAAAUGCGGGAAAUCCCCAGACCGCAACUCGCUCGCAACCUCAAGUUCAGCAAGCGUCGUUGUCUCCCGGCAGGCGGAGUGGGAACAAUGCUCGGGGUACCCGCACAACUGGCGGUCAACUUGCUGCUGAACACCAGAAGCAACUCGGCCGGGGCGCAUUGAGCUAUACCCGUAGUAUAGGCGCAACCUCUGGGCAAUCUCUGGUUCAGAAGCAGUCCAAGUUCGAGAAAGAGGGCUCAAGCAGUGACAAUCCGAUUGUCAUAACUCACGAGCAACCUUCGGCACCACAACAGCAGUUGCUCGAUCGACGAGCCACUAGCAAUGUCCAUCUUCCAAGAGCAACACCGCAGCCUCCUGCUCAACCAGACCGAACCGAGCGACGGGACGUGAGCGAUAAUCAGAAUGCCGAUACACCAAAUGGGCCAACUCCAACUCCACAACACCAGCAGGGGCAGCUCAAGCGGAAGCAACCAGAUUCAGAACAGCCCCAUCACCAUCAAAGACGGGUGCGGCAGCGAAUCCCGGGUCCAAUGGCACCUCCGCCUAGACCAAAGAUGAACGUGGACGACUUUCCAGAGGUUCCGCGGAUAGAAAAGAUACAGAGACAUCUCCGAGUUACCUACAACGGCAUGGAGGUUGCUGAAACGUCGGACGGCUUCUGGGUUCUCCAGCAGUAUCGACCGCCAGAAUAUUACCUUCCCAAGUCAUCUCUCAAGAUCCCUCUCACCCCCACGGGCUACAACCCACCGUGCAGAUUCAAGGGCCCAAGAACGCACUACUCGGUGAAGGGUCCUGACGGCAGGCUCCUGGCCAACAGGGUCUGGUCCUAUGAGCAACCGAAGCCGGGGUACGAGGCCAUCCGGGGCUACGUCUCUUUCUACGCGCGGCCUUGGCAGUCGUUUGUAGACGGGGAGCGGGUGGUGCCGUACAGGACGGACUUUCAAGGCGGCUGGGUGACGGCAGAGAUUGUCGGGGUGGUGAGCGAGUUUACGCCGAGGUUUUAG